AGAGAUCCUACCAACCAUAACAGAACGGGGAAAAAUACAACCCCUUGUAAGAUAACUUGCCUUUUCUGCUGCUCCGCUCUAUGCGUGAUAGUGCAACAGUAGGCUAUUAUAUGCACGUCGAUUAGCAAUAAGGGACAAUGCGUUUUUAGUAACGCUUUGUGCAAUUAAACCAUACAGAACGUUUUGGAUAUAUGUGUGUGUGUGUUUUUAAAUGCAAAAUCGUGUGUGGCGAGAGGCAGAGACAGAGAAAGGCAGCGACCCUGUGUUGCGUUGGACAAAUAUAGAUUGUGGAUUCUGGCGGCUUGGACCAGUUUGACUAGAUGCUGUGAUAAUUCAAUUGCAUUGAAUUUCUGAAGAUUAUCUCCCGAAGUUGGGCGAAAAUGGACUACAAGUUUUGUGGAUCAUGAAAACUCGCAAUAACAAAAAUUCGAUGUCUGUGCGCAGUGGUCGGCGGAAGGAAGUUCCCAAGCUGGCAGAGCAGCAAAAGGGUGUGCGAGUCCACACAUCGCCACUGAGGGGCGGUCACAACAGUGGCAGCAGCACCUCCAGCUCAGAGAGCAGAGCCCUGAGAGAGGCUGCAGAGGGCGUGUCGGGUGGGCGUGUCAGCAGGCGUCAGAGAGGCCGUGAUUUGUCAGAGAGUGAAGGGGAGGGGCCUGGAACGCUGCCAAAAAGACAGAGACUACAGGAUGGCUCCUCCCCAUGCCUAGUCUCAUUGGACGUCGGCCGUGACAACCGCUGCGGCAACACUGAUGACAGAGCGAGGCGUGGCAGGGGGCGUGGUCUAGUCAGGACAAGGUGUGGCCGUGAUGAUGUCACGUUGGAGACGAGUGACAAUGAUGAUGAUGACGAUGAUAACCAAUCAAACGCCAGCCUGAGCAGCCUGGCCAGUAGCAGCUGCAGCAGUGGGCGGGACAUUGACCAGGAUAAUCGCAGCUCCUCCCCCAGCCUCUCCGCCUCUCCCAUGGGGAGCCUGGACUCCGACUCAGACUCGAACUCCCAGGCAGCCCCCCUGGCUCUCCAUUCUCCCAAACCAGAGGCCAGCAGACAGCCAACAAUCUCCGUCCGGAGCACCAAUCAAACAGUGACUUCCAUAUCACAGUCUGCUAAUGAUUCCCCCAAGCAAAAACAGACUCUAACCAAGGGUGAUAUUAAUAACAAUGUUACAAAUAAUAACUUCUCUCCCCCUCCUGCUUUCCUGCAGGCCUCUCAGUCCAUCCUCCCCCCUCCCCCCGCACUCAAACCACUCCCCUUCUGCUCUGCCCCACUCCCUCCCUCCCAGCAUCCCUCAGCAGACAAACAGGAAAGGAUGAGCACCCCCUCUGCCCCCCACGCCAGUCUGCAGAUCCCUCUUCACAGCCCUGCCAUGCUGAAGUACCCGGCCCUGUCUCCCCAGGGAGGGUGGGGUGCUGGCAGUAACCCCAGCCUGGGACCCUGGGGAUCCUCUACUUCUCCUGCUGUACCCCACAGUGGAUUCCCCAGGUAUGGGAUACCCCACCUUAAUUACCAGCAGGCUCCUAAACAACCCCCCACUUUCCCUCCCCCUCCUCAUGCCCCUGGCAGGGACUGCAGCUCUGGGCACUUAGCUUCCCUGGCAACGGUGGCCCACAGCACUGGCAGGACCUUCUCCAAUUCCAGUGCUGGGGUGCAGGUUAGGGAGUUUGCCAGCUCUGCCCCCCAGGUGCUUCAGCCCAGAGAUUUUGCUGCUUCAGGUUCUUCUUCUAGUGUGCAAAGUCGUGGGUUUAAACCUCUGUCUCAAAAUCGUGAGUUUACUUCUCCAAGUGCCCAGACGCAGCAGCAAAACAGAGAUUACAAAAACGCACAGCCCAGCAGGGAGUUUGCCAGUUUAGGGUCCCAGUCGCAGGGGAGUGAGUACAGCAGUCUCACUGCCCCUGGACCAAACAGGGAAUUCUCUUCUCCUAACGCCCUGACGCAAAAGCAACAAGGCAGAGAAUACGCAAACACACAGCCCAGCAGGGAGUUUGGAAAUCCAAGCAUUCAAUCCCAAGGUCGUGAGUACCCAAACCUGACCUCCCCCCCAGUCCCACCCAGAGAUGCUUAUUCCCAGCCGCAACAGAGCAAAGAAUACGCAAACCCAAACGCAAACGCACCGGCCAGGGACUUUUCAAGUACUAACCCCCAGUCUCAAAACCGUGAGUUCACGAAUCUGACUUCCCCAGUUGCACACAGAGACUUCCCUUCUCCAAGCGCUGUGAUGCAACAGCAGAAUAAAGAUUACACGAAUCCCAGCGCAGCUUCACAAGCCAGAGAGUUUGCUGGUUCCCAGCGGAGUGAGUACCCCAGUUUGGCGAGCCAGGUCUUAGGCAGGGACUUUGCCCAAUCGGGCCCUGCAAUGCAGCCAGGCAGAGAAUUAACAGGGUUUUGCUCUCAGAACAGGGACCUCACUAACCCACAGCUGCCAAGAGACUACCCCAAGAAUCGGGAAGUUUCGAAUCCAACUUCCCAAACUCAAACAAGGGAUUUUACCAGCCUAAACCCACAGAGUCGGGAAUUCUCCAGUCAGACCUCUAAAACUACACAAGAGUUUCCAAAUCCCAGUGCGAGGGCUGUUUCAGACUCUGGCUCUCAGUCGUUCAGUAACGCCAGCACUCAGCCGCAGGGCCGCGAGUUCACUGCCAAUCCUUUGGUACCAAGCUGUGAUUUCCCCAGCCCUGUUGGCCCCUCACAGCGGGACUUUGUGAGCCAGCAAACUCGAGAGUUCCCCAACUCGAACCCCAAUCCAGGCCUCCUGUCCCCCCAGACACCCAACAGAGACUUUGCAAACCUGGCCGUCCACACUGUUGAGUUCUCCAGUGCUAAGGCUGCCCAGAGCUUCAGCCCCCCCUCUACGAGCAGUGAGUUCCCCAGCCUGCCCCCCGCCCAGAACAGAGACAAUCCCAGCGCACUGAAUCAGGAUUUCACAGGACUGGCGAGAGAUUAUUCCAGUUUCAGUUCGGCACAGAACCGAGAAUUCCCAAAUCCCAAACAGUCCCACAACCAGGAUUAUCCAAUUCUCAGUUCCCAGCCUGCUCCAGCACUGCAGCCCUCCCCCCCUAGCCACACUCCCCCUGCCUCCCAGCGCUCCUCAACCUUCCCUUCCUCCCUGGCCUCCAACCCCUCCCCUUCUCUUUCCUCAUCCUCCUCUUCUAGCUCUCUCACUCCCACUGGCCAGUACCGGCCAAGCCCCGUCCAGCUCUCAUCCAGUCAGAAUGCGCCAGUAGUCGUGAUUGGUGAUGAUGAAAGAGAUGUGAUGGUGGGAGGAGCUUUCACACCAAUUGACCUUGCCUCCCAAAACACACCCCCUACUGCUUCUACUACUUCCUGUCCCGAAGACCAGGAAGUAGUUCCUAUCAAUCACCCACAAGCUUUCCCUCAAGUCCCCCCCUACCGUUACCUAGCAUCCUCCUCUUCUGCGCCAGUUCCUGGUUCCCCAGCUACCCACAAUCCCCUGCUCCCUCCUCCUGCUCCCCCGAAACGUCCUCUCUCUGGCAAUGCUUCCCCCCCGAACUACAAAACUGAGUACAGGACUGCCCCCUUUCCGCCAAGUCCCUCACCUCCUGCUCUAAACCCCUCCUCCAGCUCUGUCAGCCAAAUUCCCUUCCACUCUACAACAUCUCCUAGCACAAUUAAUAACAAUAACACUUCCAAUGCUACUAAUAAUAGCAAUAUUAAUUCAGCGGUGCCAUCUUUAAACCCCAGCCCUAGAUUCCACUCCCCCAUCCCUUCCAGUUUGAACCCCACCCCCUUUCAAUCUAACAGUAAUAAAACUGUCUCUAAGUCACUCCCACCUCUUAGUAACUCCACCAAUGACCCCCCAGGCUCUGUCUCUGGUCACACCUCUCCGGCCGCUAGUCCCGCCUCCUCAGCUGCCUUCAGGCCUUCCAGCCCCACCCACCCUGUUUCUAGCCACACUCCUCUGCCUGUCACAUCUUCUGAAUUGCUGCCCGGACUCCAGACCAUGCCCAUCAUCAAGCAGGAGCCAAUGGAUGAGGGAGUGGAGGAUCUAGAGAGCCCUCCUCCUGUACUGAGGAGUCCCUCCCCCGAGGCCAAGGUGGUCGACAUUCCAAUCCACGCCAGCCAAUCAGCGCGGUUUCACAAGGUGCUGGACCGUGGAUACAACUCGUGCUCCCGCAGUGAUCUCUACUUUGUACCCCUCGACGGCUCCAAAUUGUGGAAGAAACGGAGUGACGUGGCGGAGAGGGCGAGGAGAGAGGUGGAGCAAAGAGCGAGGGAUGAGAAAGAGAGGGAGCGCAAUAGGGAGCGUGAGAGAGAGCGGGGGAGGGAGCGUGAGAGGGAGAGGGACAUAAACAGAUCCAUUCAGAAGGACAGUCGGACGGCCACAGGCCAACUCCCCUUCUCAACCCCUCACCCCGCCCCUGCAGCCCAGCCCAGUUCAGCCCUUCCUAUCCUGGUGGAGCACACCCAGUCCAGCAUGGCAUGCAGCCCCAGCUCAGGCUCUGCCCUACUGCUGCCCCCUCCUCCCCACCACCUGUCCCGGGGGGCGAUGGAGCAGCUCUGCCCCGUGUCUCAAGGUUCUGUGGCAGCGGUGCCCCCCUACCUGGGCCCGGAUACACCUGCCCUGCGCACGCUGAGCGAGUACGCCAGGCCUCACGUCAUGUCACCCCACCACCGGCCCCACAGCCACCCCCACCACCCCUACUUCGUGCCGCAGUUCCCCAACGCACACCCCGACGCAGCGGCAGCGAUCCUGGGCUUCAUCUAUGGGGGUCUGGAGGGGCAGGUGCACCCCCUGGCGCGGGACCGAGUGAAGCCUGGGUUCGAGUUCAAGACGGAGAACUUCAGCGAGCUGGCACACCUGAGUGCCCAUGCCCAUGCCCAUGCCCACGCCCACCACCCCACUCACUCGGGGCUGUUAUUCCCUGGGGACACCCUGUGCCCCCGCAACCUGCCGCCUCACCACGCCUUCCUGCACCCCUCCUUCUCUCCACUGCACCCCCCGCCCUGCUCACACACACAGACAGGGCCCCGGGACCUCCGAGAGCAGCCCCCUGUGCCCCCUCGGAUAGGAGGGGAGUCUGAGAGGGGGGCGGCCCCUGGGGGGGGGGCAGGGGGCUCCUCUAGCUCAGGGGCCCCAGGGUCGAGUGGAGGGCUGCAGAUGGUCAAUGUGACUCCACACCAUCACCAGCACUCCCACAUCCACUCACACCUCCACCUGCACCAGCAGGACGCAGCUCUGCAUGCAGCUGCUGCUGGGGUGCACCCCCUGAUUGACCCCCUGACCUCAGGGCCACACCUCUCUCGACUGCCCUAUCCAGCAGGGGGGCUGUCCAACCCCCUCCUCACUCACCCCCUCCAUGAGAGCGAGGUGCUGAGGCAGCAACUAUUCGGUGUUCAGUUCCGGGAGCUGCCCCCCCCCUCACUGGCCCCCCCAAUGUCAGCGGCUCAUCAGCUGCAGGCAAUGCAGGCACAGUCAGCCGAGCUGCAAAGACUGGCUCUGGAGCAGCAGUGGAUACAGCACCACUCCCUCCCUCCCACUCAGGAGGACUACUACAGCCACAUGAAGAAGGAAAAUGAUAAAGCACUUUGAGCAGGUGAAGUGGCCAGAGAGAAGUCAUCUCACCAUCAAUGAAGAAAGAAAGAAGGAAAGAGUGACAGUGCAAAAUGAAGGGAAGGAAAAAGACAGCUGGCAAGAUGGAAAAUGUAUUAAGUUCCUGAAGAUAAAUCCAGAAGGUUUGAAAGCAAUUUAUUUAAUGAACGUUUUUUGAGAAGACAGUAUAUUUGAAAUACGUCCUUUUAAUUUUGAUAUCAUUAAUUGAGCACUUAAUAUUCUGGAUUCAUACAUUUUACAUUUUAAAUGACCUCAUCUAAGAGAAAGUAAAGGGUGCUCCCUCUAGUCCAGGGCAAGUUUGAGUCAUAGAGACUGAACUGCUGCUCCCUCCCUCAUCCCCUAAGAGAAAGGCCCCCCUUUAAAAACAUAACUAAAAAAGAAUGAUGAAUCUUAUUUUGAUAUCAUGCUGUUACGGUAAUGUAAAUACUCUCAAUGUGGUGCCACAGUCACAUGUUUUGUCUAUUAAUGUCUAUUGUAUGUAUGAAAAAUGUGUGUAAUUAAAAAAAAAAUCUUUUGGAAACGGGGGUGUUAUUUGCAAGUUGUUUUAGCUAAUGAGUCAAUACUUUUUUUGAUGUACCCCAUCUUUUUGUUGUCCCCAUGUAUGCAUUACCCCACGACAGACCCCUUGCUUUCUCCCUUGCAUUCUUUCUUUCUCACUAAAUAUCUUGGUAUCCCUGAACAGAUCUUCACAUACACACAAAAAAUGUUCAUGAGUGAGCAAAGCAAGCUGUCCCUCACGUGCAGUAACAGCUCAGAACCACCGGGGGAUCUUUGUUUUUCAGCAUUGUGUUUCUGCUGCAGCGGCACUGAGUCUGACUUCCAGCAAUGGGGCUCCUUCACAGAGCACAGAUCAUUUAAAUCAACUGAAUGCAGUUUAUGAAACAAUUAUCUGUUCAGGGCUACAGAGAGAUUUAGUGUUAAAGCACUAAAGCAAGCAAGGGGUCUCAAUAGUGGGGUAACACAGGGUUUCAUUCUUAGGUGGGCCAGAUGUCAAUUCCAGAGUCAAAAACAAUAUAAAAACACAAGUCCAGCCUUGGGGUCCCUUUGUUGGCAGUCCUGUUUGUUUCUGUUCCUCAAAAGGAAAGUGGAUGGCACAACACACUUUUACAUUCAGCGUUUUUAUUCAUUUUGUUUUUUAUAAAACAUAUUUCUCAGAGAUUUUCUUUAAUACCCUCACCCCCUUUUCUAAAACGAUCUUUUUAAAUAUAUGAAUUUAUCAAAAAAUUAAUUAAAACUGUAAAUAAUGAUGUUUUUUCAUGGCACGUGUUCUGUGUGUGAGAGAGAGUUUGGGAAUGUGUGUGUGAGAGACAGAGAGAGAGAGAGAGAUUGUGAGUGAGUGAGAUUGUGAGUGUGAGCGAGUGUGAGAGACAUUGGGAUUUUGAGCGAGUGAGAUUGGGAGUGUGAGGGAGUGCGAGUGAGAUUGGGAGUGUGAGCGAGUGUGAGAGACAUUGGGAGUGUGAGCGAGUGAGAUAGGGAGUGCGAAUGAGAUUGGGAGUGUGAGCGAGUGUGAGAGACAUUGGGAGUGUGAGCGAGUGUGAGAGACAUUGGUAGUGUGAGCCAGUGUGUGAACAUUGGGAGUGUGAGAGAAUGGGAGUAUGAGCGAGUCUGUGUGUGAGAGUUGAUCUGCCUUGCCUGCCUGCCCCCCGCUCUGCUGAGCUGUGCUGAUGUGGGCUCCGCACCAAAUCCCUACUCUCUCUUACCAUUGCACGCAGAUAGAUGCUGAAACCCUAUUGAUCACUACUGCUUUGUUUUGUUGCAUUUCCUGACUGAUAAAAUGCAUGGGGUUACCCUUUUUUUUUUGAUAAAAAAAAAAAGAUUCAAGUGAUAAU